UCACCAUCUCAGUGAAGUUUUAACAUUUUGACAAAGGUGAAAGAGAUUGACCCGGAACAACAUAGCUAAGUAGCCGGAAAGAGGUUUUCUGAAAUAGUAGUUUGCAAAAAGAGGGAUGUAUCCAGCUAGAUUGGACCUGACUAGGCCAAGAAUAAGUUUUUCCUGUCCGCAUUGGCUAGCUAGCUUGUGAGCUAGCAUAAUACCUCUCACCGAUACGGGUUCUACGGGAAAUGGUCGACGUUCUCAUGUGCCCAUGGAGAAGGCGGUCUUUGAGGGGUGGCUGGAGUCAGUCUCCGCCUCUUUCCUCUCGCUUAGUGACCUGCAGCGCAACCAGUCCCUGGACCAGCUCAUCUCGCUGAGUAAUGCUGUCCAGCUCCGGCACUUGUCCAAUGGGCUGGAGGCGUUGCUUAAGAGGGACUUCCUGCGCCUGUUGCCCCUGGAGCUCACUUUCUACCUGUUGCGGUGGCUGGACCCGCAGACCCUGCUUACCUGCUGCCUGGUGUGCAAGCAGUGGAACAAGGUGAUCAGCGCGUGCACGGAGGUGUGGCAGGGCGUGUGUCGGGACCUGGGCUGGCGAAUCGAUGACUCCAUCCAGGAUGCGUCCCACUGGAAGGGUGUCUACCUCAAGGCCAAGCUGCGCAUGAUGCAGCUGAAGAACCAGGAGGCAUUUGAGACGUCGUCGCUCAUCGGGCACAGUGCCCGUGUCUACGCCCUCUACUACAAGGACGGCCUUCUUUGCACAGGCUCUGAUGACCUUUCUGCCAAACUGUGGGACGUACGUACCGGGCAGUGCGUCUACGGCAUUCAGACGCACACCUGCGCCACGGUGAAGUUUGAUGAGCAGAAGCUGGUGACUGGUUCCUUUGACAACACCAUUGCCUGUUGGGAGUGGAGCACGGGGGCCAAGAUCCAGCAGUUCCGUGGGCACACGGGUGCAGUGUUUAGCGUGGACUACAAUGAUGACCUGGACACACUGGUGAGUGGCUCGGCCGACUUCUCUGUGAAGGUGUGGGCCCUGUCGGCAGGCGCCUGCCUCAACACCCUGACGGGACACACCGAGUGGGUCACCAAGGUGAUUCUCCAGAAGAGUGAAGUAGAGUCCAUGGUCCACUGUCCUGGCGACUACAUCCUGUUGAGUGCUGAUAAAUUUGAAAUAAAGGUUUGGCCUAUAGGCAGGGAAAUCAACUGCAAGUGCUUGAAGACUCUGUCCGUGUCAGAGGACCGCGGUGUGUGUCUGCAGCCUCGCCUGCAGUUUGAUGGCCGCUACAUUGUCUGUAGCUCGGAUCUGGGGGUCUACCAGUGGGACUUUGCCAGCUUCGAUAUCCUCAGGGUCAUCAAAACACAGGACCCUGCCAACCUCUCCCUGCUCAGCUUUGGUGAGGUGUUCUCGCUCCUCUUUGACACAGACUUCCUGUAUGUCAUGGAUCUGAGGACAGAAAAAAUAACUGGCCGCUGGCCCCUGCCCGCCUACAGGAAGUCCAAACGAGGCUCCAGCUUCCUGCCUGGAGUCACCUCCUGGCUCAAUGGGCUGGAUGGGAGAAAUGACUCUGGCCUCGUGUUCGCCACCAGCAUGCCCGAUCAUAGCAUUCACUUGGUUCUGUGGAAGGAAAACACCACUAGAGGUGAAACCUACGAUGGCUAGGUUGUCAACUGCCAUGUAAACUGGGUGCUCUGACUUGAAACCCAUAGCCAAGUUAGAUAAUGCAUGGACCACAGUGUUAAUGUUUUUUCUACCUUUUCUUUCUCGACACAUGCUCUCAUAAUCAAACAUCAUGCAACGUGCUUUCAGAAAGACUAUUGGAGAUGGUUUCACCAACUGAAACGCUGCUAUGAAUACAAGGGGAUGAAAGGCCCAGUUCAGAGGGCAAAGGCAGCGGUUGGUGGUAGUUCCAACCCUGCCAUGGAUUCUCUCUUGAAGGAAAUACGACGACUGGGAGGGUGGCUGAAUGAAGACGGAACUCUCGAGAAACUGCGUGGUCAUGUCAGGUUCCACAGCUGUAGAUAUUUCCCAUGUAUUACUAUGUAUCGGGACCUUUACACUUCGGACAGGGUUCUUCAAGCAGCUCAGAGACGGGGAGUUGCCUUAACACAGUACUACUUUACAAUUAAAUACAUUAUGACUGUGUCCUAGGUUUUUCAUAGGCUGACCAACCAUCCCCAUGAAAGUUCCAUGUUGAUAUUUUUCAAAGUGGUUUAGUGCAUUGGAUUUGUACAAUGUGAAGAGUUUGUUGGAUAUUCAGUGUAACUCCAUUGUUGGAUAAUGCUUUUCUUAGUGGUGCUUGUUUUAAAAGUCAACUUGAGAAAUUUAGUCGUGCCUUUUUCGUUUGAUUUAAAUAUCCAUCUGUGUGAUAAGAAUUCCAUUACCCAGGCACACUGCAAUAACAUGACUGUGUUGUACAUUUUCUUUCAUACUAUAACAAACUGCAUACAAUGUAUUUCUAAUACCACUAUUUACCCUUCAUGAUUCACUUGAAUAUAUUUUGUGAAUUGCAGUAUUGAAGUAUAGACCAAGUUCAGUUCUAAGUUAUUUUUCUAAAAGCCUUUGAGGUUGGAAGUUUUCACAAUGUAGUGAUUUGAAAGUGGGCAAUUCCACUUUGUUACGGCCUGAAUUUUAAAUGGAUUCAAUUGAUAUUUUGUCACCGGCCUACAUAAUUUCACCUUUACACCACAAAGACCAGGGACCUAUUGGUAGAAGGGUUAAAAAAAAAAAAAAAAAAACAUUGAAUUUUCUUAAGAGCAUGGUGUAGUUAUGACACUUUAGAUGAUGUAUUAAUGCACUCAUUUACUACAAAGACAUGGGCUUCCUUCCUGACUCAGUUGCUGGAGAGGAAGGAAACCGCUCAGGGAUUUCACCAUGAGGACAAUGGUGACUUUUAAAACAGUUACACAGUUGAUUGGCUGUGAUAGAACACUUAGGAUGGAUCACCAACAAUAUAGUUACUAUACCAUACUAACCUAAUUAACAGAAGGGUAAAUAAGGAAGCAUGUACAGAAUAAAAAAUACUCUAAAACAUGCAACAUGUUUGCAACAAGGCACUAAAUAAAUUCUGAAAAAUAA